UCUGUGGACUCGAGAGAUGCGGCGCGGCUGGAAAUCUGCUAAGAGAUGUGUGGAGAUCCACCUGGCGGCAGUGGUCACCCUGCUCGUCCUCCUUCCUCAGGCUGUCAGGCCCACCGGUGGCGGUUUUUAUAAAUUACCCAACGGCACAUCUGUCGACCACGAUGAGUGCAGCACCACUGACUUCUGCUCAGUCAAUGCCCUGUGCAUCAACACCUACGGGAGCUACCACUGCCAGUGCCAGGCCGGCUACAGGAACCACAACAAGAAGGUCACGUUCCCUUAUAGUGAAUCUUUCUGUAGAGACAUUAAUGAGUGCACUGAGCAGCGCGGCCUCUGCGGCCCCAAUGCCACAUGUAAGAACACAAUUGGCAACUACAGCUGCUCCUGCCAACCGGGCUUCAGAUCAACAUCUGGACAGCAGACCUUCACAGCCAACGAGUCCUCCUGCCAGGAUAUCGAUGAAUGUACAGAGACCCCCGAGAUCUGCGGCCCCAAUGCCAAGUGCACCAACACAUUGGGCACAUACAACUGCUCCUGCUCUCAAGGCUUCAACUCAUCCUCUGGACAGCAGACCUUCAGAGCCAAUGAGUCCUCCUGCCAAGACGCCAAUGAAUGUGCCCAUCAGCCAUGUGGUGCCAAUGCCAGCUGCACUAACAUUCUUGGGUCGUACUUCUGCUCGUGCCAUCGAGGAUUCUUACCCUCAACUGGAGCUGAAUGGAGACAUGGAGAAACACGCUGUGAGGAAUCCCCGCCGGAUGGUCCGCCUCAGAACUGCAGUCUCCUCUAUCUUCCGAUUGAGCUGAACCAGACCUUCAUCGACUCCUCCUCCUGGUUCUGUUACAUCUCAAACUACACGCUGUUUGUCAGCCAACGUCUGUGUGAUCAGAGCACCUCAGCACCUCCGCUGAAGGAUGCGUCUGCUGCCUUAAGCUCCAUCCUCGCUGAUCAAGCACAUUGGACUGACAUGACCAAGGAGCACAAGUCCAUCGUGGCUGAAAUUUACCUGCAGACCAUAGAGGAGCUGAUGCUGAGUGUCCCAGAGAACAACGAUAGCCAUCUGUGGAGGGAGAACACAAGCACUGAAAAUCUGGAGCUUGAGAUUUUGAGGAUCCCAUCCAAAUAUUCCGCAGUAAAGGACACUCAGGAACUGCGGUCCAGGGGGAACAUGCUGGAGGUGAAUGUGCAGAGCAUCAUGGGAGCAGACAGAGAAGGGCCAGUCACAAUUGGCUUUUCAUCUUAUACUGGGAUGGAGCUGAUCCUCAAUGAGAGCUUCUUCAACAGUUCAGUCAGCACCUCCAGCGCCAUGAAGGUCAACUCACCAGUCGUAACGGCCACAGUCAGCAGCCGGCGACAGCACAACGUCACGGGUCCUGUCAAGCUGACUUUCCAUCAUAAGCAGCUCCAUUGGUCCAAUCCGGUGUUCUGUGUUUACUGGAAAUACCAAAAAAAUGGGAGCUCCUGGUCACCAGAGGGGUGUGAGGUGGUCAUCUCCAAUGUUAGCCACACCACGUGCAGCUGUAGCCAUCUUACCAGCUUUGCUCUAAUCAUGGCAGUAUAUGAGCAGAAGAUACCUGACGACUCGGCUUUCUCCAUCUUCAGCUGUGUGGUGGUGUCAACAUCCCUGGCGUGCCUCGCCCUCGCCAUCCUGACCUUCCUGUUUACCCGCUCGAUUGUGGAUGCCAACAAGACCGUUUACCUGCACCUCAGCCUGUGCCUCUUUGGGGCUCACUUGCUCUUCUUAAUUGGAGUGGAGUGGACGAGCAACAAGACCCUCUGCUCGGUGGUCGCUGGGCUCCUGCACUUCCUAUUCCUGGCCAGCUUCACCUGGAUGUCCCUUGGUGGGCUUCAGCUCCUCCUGCUGGUGCGAAACCUGAGAGCGGUCAAAUACAGCAGCCGGCAGGGCCUACGGAGGAGACAUCUGCUGCCGGUGGGCUACGGCGCCCCAGCACUCAUUGUGGCCGUGGCUGCGGUGGUCUUCCCCAGAGGAUAUGGAGGAGAACGACACUGCUGGUUGUCCCACCAGCGUGGAUUCUUCUGGAGUUUUCUGGGCCCGUCGUGGUUCUUGAUCGCGGCCAACCUUCUUCUGUUCUCCUCAGUCCUCUACAAUCUGAGGUCUCAGCUCCAUGGCAUCAAUUCUGAUGUGUCUAAACUUAAGGAUACGAGGCAGCUGACCUUCAAGUCCAUCGCACAUUUUGUCAUCAUGGGCUGCAGCUGGGCUGUGGGUCUCCACCAGGAGCUCCAGGUGCUCCGCUAUCUCUUUGUUCUGCUCAACGGCCUGCAGGGUUUCUUCAUUUUCCUGGUCUACUGCCUCCUAAACCGGCAGGUGAGAGGCGAGUACAGGAGCUGCUUCAGCCGUGUCACCCGACAGACGGAGACGUCAGUGCCUGAGGGGACUGCAACGAAGGACACGACCUUGUAGGCGUCCCCGGGUGGACAACGUCAGCAGGAACGCAAGGCAGCGGCCCUUUGAUAUUAUAUAGCGCCUUGCCAUUUGGGGUCCUGACAUUACAGCACGAUGAAUGCUCAGAUCAAGGAACCCCCGCUCUUCUCUUCAGCUCGAUGUCCAUGAACUUCGCUCAGCUCAUUGCCGUCCAUAUUCUUCCAGACGCUUCACUGGACUCCAUUACCUGAAUUGCCUCUCCUGUGCCGUUCACUU